AGUACUACAAUUUUACUAUAGUAAAGUCUAUUUAUGAUACUAUACUAAAAUUAUUUUCUGUAAAAAAGUAAAUACGGCAUGUAAAUAAAGUUGGUUUUGUAUUUUUAAACGUGCAUAUUCAAUAACAAUGUCGAGAACAAUUAGAUUAUUAGAAGAACGACAAUUAGCAACAGAAGUAACUAUUAUGCGAUGGUCGCCAAAAAUGGAUUUGUUAGCUGUUGCUAAUAAAAAAGGAGAAGUAGCACUUCAUCGACUUUCGUGGCAACGAGUUUGGCUUAUUUGUCCACCAGAAGACUGUGACACCGUAUCUGAUUUAUUUUGGCGACCUGAUGGAAAACUUCUGGCUGUUUUUUAUUCAAAUUCUAAAAGUUUACAUUUGAUAGAUAUAGAAAAUAAAAAUAUAAUUCAUAAAAAAGAGCAAGAAUCAAAGAAAGAUAUUACUUGUAUGGCUUGGUUACCAAUAUCUAGUCAAGAUGUAGCUGAAAAGUUAAAUUUUAAUCGAGAUCACAUGUUAACAUCACCUACAGGACCUUAUCUUCCACCGUUACCUAAUUUAAAUAGAAGUUUUAAUCAUGAACUUGAUCGCAAAGAAUUUCUUUUUCAUUCAUUGGAUAUACUUUUCCUAGGCCACGAUAAUGGAGAGAUAACAAUGUACGUUUUUGGAAUGUUUUACUGUGGAACAAUUAAUAUUGGUCCGGGAGUAGUAACUAAAAUAUCAGGUGGCUUAGGAAAAUCCAUUUGGGUAACAUCUCAAACUGAUGCUGGCAUCAUAGUUCAAGGGUUGUCAUGUCCCCUUCUAGAAAAUUGUAGAGCAUUUUUAAAAAUUGCGCAAAUGCAAGCUAAUAUCAAUUAUCUAAUGGAUUAUUUAUCUCAGACAUUGAUGGCGAUAUCUGAGGCUUGGGAAACGAUUUUGUUAGAAAUGGAUGAAAAAUUAUCCCGAUAUGAAGAAGAUGAACUUCCUGGAACUCUUGCAGCUGAUUUUUUAGAAUUAUUAAUGAUUGGAAUUUCAUCUAAUAAACUUGCAAAUUUUUUGCUUCAUGAUUUAUCCGAUAAAGGAUUAAAAAAAUUAGGACAUAGUAUUGAAAUUUGUUACAGUAACAUUCAGAAAUUAGUUCUCAAACAUUUAAAUAGUGUCAGUAUGGCAUUAAUUUAUCAAUUAGCAGAAAUGCAAGGAAUGGCAAGAUUUGGUAGAGAUUAUGAAGAUCUAGGAUUGACAGAAGAAGUACGAAUUACAGAUGCUAAACAUGCAGCGGAGACUUUCUUAGCAAAAUCUUCUGAAAUUCAACAAGUUAUUGAUCAUAGCAUGAAAGAAUACAAGGCCUUUUUUAGAUGGUUGUAUGUUGAAAUUGCAAAAUUAACCGAUGAAAAAAUUCCAUCAGAAGCAAGUAAAAUAUCACAACAAGAAUUAACUUUUAUAGCUGAAUUUCUUCUUGGCUUUGAUACCAGUGCUAUUUUACCAGCAUCGGCAUCAACUCCUACAUCAUCACAUAGUACUCGCAUGGAUCGUCGUAAAGGCGUCAACUUGGAAAAAUUAGGACAAUAUCUGAGACGAGAAAAAUUAAAAAUUCCUUUAUCAGUAGAAGGAAGUGAGUGGGCGACACUCCUGGAAGAAAAUAAACGUCUCCACAACCAUCCACUUACUAUCAAACAGAAUUUAGAUUUGUCACUCUUACAAUCUCAUGAAAAGCUUGUAACUGCAAUAGAUAAUUUAUUCGCAGGCAUUUAUAAAGGAUUAGUAGAUCAUUUUUCCAUCACAACCGUUGACAUAAACUUAAGAGCCCAAUCUCAAGAAACUGAAAAAUUAUUAUCAACUCAAAUAGUGAAUAAUGACAAUAAUUUAAUUAUCGCCGUUGUAUCUGAUAAUAAUCGUAAAGCUCUAAGACUAUUUAAAGUUAUAUCUUGUGAUGAAAAUAAAAAUCUUCUGUACAAAAGCAGCACGAUUACCCUUGAUAACAAAUUAGGAUCAUUUUCUAAACAGCCAAUAGAUCUGACUAUCAUAGAUUUACAAUUCUACUCGACUGAUUACCUUAGUUUACUCGUAUUAAAUCACAAUAAUUUUACAAUGAGUUUGAUUCAAUUGCUAAUUGACGAAAAGUGUUUUAAUAAUGAACUGUUCGAUACUUCUAAGAGUGAAUAUCUUUGUAGUGAUAUUGAUAAUACGAACUACUUAAAUAUCAGUGAUUUUAUUGGAAAUAAUCUACCAAAAUCGCUUGGCUCUGGUGUAAAAAAUGCAAGAAUUUUCGUAUCAGGCCCAAGAAAAGUUGCAGCAAUUCUCAGUGAUAAUAAUAGAAAAGUACGACUUUUGGAAACUGAAGUGGAACUCGACGACGACGAUGAUGAUGAUGAGGAUGAUGAUGAUGAUGAAAAUGAAGAUAAUGAUGAUAAUAAUCGUGGCGGCGGUGAUGAUGGAGACAACGAUGAUGAAGAUGAAGAUGAUGAUGACGACGACGAUGGCAAUGAUGAUGAUGAUGUUGAUGAAGAUAGUAGUGAUAAUAAAGGUAAGACAGAUGAUAAAAGUAAAAAUUUUGAUACUAUUGAAAAUCAACAAAGUUCAAUGGAAAUAUCGAGUAAUGCUUUAUAAAAUUUAUAGAUAUUUCAAAAAAACAUUAAUAAAUUUUUUAAAUAAUUUA